GAGAGAGGGAAGAAAGAAAGAGAGCAGAUAAGUCUCUUCGGCUAAUAAGGGGACAGACGCUUCUGGCGGCUCGGCAUAUUUUCACAAAGAGGAAGGAUGCGAAAAUCCUGGCGUUUUUCGCUAGAAUCAGAAAUUAACAUCUCGAGUCCGUAGGGCUGACACCUGAAAUUUUGGGUUGCGUUUGUUCAGUUAUUAUGAAUGACUGAAAUCAGCGCAGGAAGCAAAUCCGGCGGACAAGAGACCGCAAAAAUCAACACUUCACUAUUAUUUCUGGUCUGCUGGAAUGAAUAAUGCGCUCUCACGUACUUUUAUCACCAAGCUGAAAUUUCACUGAAUGUGUCUGAUUAAUCUAUGAACGCUGAAAUUAUAAUGGAUACAAAUACUUACCUUGUGUUAAAACUUUAUGUUGUGGGAAUCAUGGCAAACACUUUGAUGACGACAGGGCUGUCAGCAACAGAGAACAUCGACACAAGGCCCAAAAUAAGGACCAGCAGGUGUAAUGAGACGAUGCUGCUAAUGGAAAUGGAACGGUGUGGCGAUCAGUUUAAAAAGCACAUGCUGAAGGUGGAUCAAAUGAAGUGGUGCAACCUCACACAUUUUAUCAGAGAUUACAACAUCUUCUCGUACUGCACGGAGCAGAGCUCUGAAAGCAUGGGCUGCUACUGGCCCAACCCUCUAGUGGAGAGCUACAUCAUCCACAUCCACAAGCUGUUCUUCUCAAACUGCACCCUUGACCACAUCAUCUGGGUCGAUCCACCAGACAACUUGCUUAUCAUCCUCAUAUUUGUCCCGGUCUUCCUCACUCUGUCUAUGAUCGCACUGGUGGUGUGGUGCAGCCGCCGGAGUGACACUCUCGCCUAAUUUUUAUUUUUAUUUUUAACCAUUUUUGGUGUAAAGACAACCAGCCUUGGGCCAACCUCCAGGAGGUACAUCAUGGUGCAAGCACCGAAAUGUCUAACGACCCCAUAAAACUGAACUGUUUGUUCCUUCAUUAACAACCAUUGCUUUCAAAUAAUAAAGAUCGACGCAUGGAAACAAAUUUGCUUUCCCAAGGCCUUGCAGGGAAAGACGUCAACUCAAAAGGACCCAUCCAAAAAUGGAAUGUAUUGAUGAACAUGUGACGGGCCCUUCUGCACUAUCAAAUGAAAUGAAUUUGAGGGGCCUUCCAGGAAGCAAAAAAAGAACAAUUGAAAAGACCGAGAGACUAUGCAUGAGGUGCCGUGGUCUGGACCAUCUGCUCGAUGGACAUCAUUUUCACAAGCCUGAUCAGCCCUUAAAGUAGCUCCGUCAUGCUUUUCUGUCUGUGGCAGUUUAAAUCACAUGAUAAUCCUGCAACAGGAGGACGUGAUCUUUCAACAGUAUGGGAUUUCUAUGCCAAUGCACAGAGUCAGCAUAAGGAAGAUGUAAGAUAAGUAAAUAUACAACCACAAAGUGAUCAAUAUGAAAAUACUGCAAAACUGGUGUGCAAGGAUCCUUAAUUCAUUACUAAAUAAUUUCAGAGUUGUGUAGUGUUCUGUUUAAUGGUAUAAUUAAACUUCAACAUAGUCCUUGCAUCAGAUAUUGUUAGAAGGUAACACUGCUUCGUUUUGUCAGGUUUUGUUUUUAAAAAUUGAGGUGUAAGCAUUUUUUCCUGUACAGUGUAUAUUAAAAUCACCCGUGUAACAUUCCUUUUUUCUUUGUGAAA